AUGUUUAGUACAUCGGAAUCAAGAUGGGGAGUUGCUGGUAUGGCAACGGGAUUGGGUCAGCUAAGCCAAAGUUCAAUGGGUGGGUUUGGACAGUCAUUAGGUCAACUAAACCAAAGUUCAGGACUUAGUCCUGCUCUACCAAUAAGUAGUUCUAGUACAGUAUACCAAGCCCACUACGGACUUAAUUCGUUAGGCGACAGUAUGAUGACAUACUGCAACAGCGGUGGCGGCGGAAGCGGCAGCGGAGGCACGGGUGGUUCACCCACCCCCCAGAUUCCAUGUUCGAAUGCCGCCACCCCGCCAGUGGCAGCAGGCGCCUCCCCUAACGGCGUUGGCACAGGCGGAGGGGAGGAGGACGACGUCUGGCGCGGUCAUAGCAUCGCGGCGCUCAGGCGUCGAGCGUCCGAACUCAACGCCACCAUUCCGUCUUAUCUACAAAUCAACUACGACGCGCAUAACAACGCAUCUGUAUACUAA